GUUUGAAAAAUAUCCGCGAAAAAAGGUUCUUGUAUUUUUAUAAAGUUUUCCAGUUUUGCUGUUAAUUUGAUGUGGUAAGCAGAGGAGAUGCACAUCAGAGCUGGUGGUGGUAAUCUGGUUGUGCAUGUCCCCAAGGAUUCUCGCAGAACUGGCAGUUCCGCUGCACUAUCGAACUGGAGGAGUUGCUUCGAAAAAUUCAAUGCCGGAAUCGAAUUUUCGCCUAUUCGCGAUAUGGUGUUGAUGGAAUAAGGAACUUAUGAUGUACUUGAUAUGUGCUCUAAAUGUACCGGAUCAUGAUGCGAUCCAAGCACCAAGGCCGGCAUGUGCCAGUACUGCGACAGAACCGGAAUGGAGAGUAUUAUUAUCGGAGCGUUUGUGAUGUACAUUAAACAUCCAUGCCUGGACUACGUCUGCAACGGGCAGGUGGUUCAGCAAAAGCGGGUUACCAUCCCAGUGCUGGCCGGCGUUGAUCAUGGACAGAAGGAGCUGUCUAUUACAUUCAAUGUAUGGAAGAGUCGCUACUUCUGCCGACACGAUUCCGAUGUACUCACUGACGGAUGCAGGACGUCUACAAAGAUCAGGCCACGUGUUUUUAAACGGGCCAACAGCUAUGGCACCGGUGACCAUUUAAACCAGAUCUCGAGCAAGCUAACAAGCAGCGUACGAAAUAAGAGUAAUGAUCCUCUGGACUGGAUCAAGUUCAUCUAAUUCUUCAACACAUUCCACAUCAUCGUAGCUCCAGGUCUUCAUCGUGCAUAUCGAAAUCAACGUCUCGUUUCUUAGUGAGAAUAAGUUCGCUUAGCGCCCGAAAGAUGAUUGUUCCAGCGACUUAACCACACGAUGAAACCGGUUGUCAGAUUAUAAGAAAGGUCAACUCGGAGGAUUGAAAUUAUAUUCCAUCCUCGGCGUUGCACGGGUCUUCGUAUGCUACGUGUAUUGCACCAGAAAAUUUCCCACCAGCUGCAACUAGCACGAAAUACAUCACUGAAGAGGCAACGACAAGCAGCUCAAACUCAAUGACCUCAGAAGAACCCUUUAGACGACGCUUAAAACGUUUAUG